AUGGCAUCGCAACUUCACCCCGCAGUUACCGUGUCUAACAUCCGUACUCUUAUUCCGGUCACUCUGGAUAUUGAAACUGGCCAUUACACCACGUGGUCGGAGUUGUUCAAAAUCCAGUGCAAAUCUUUUCAAGUCUAUGAUCACCUUCUGCCUCGGGUCACUCCUCCUACAUCUUCAUCAGACAAAGACAGAGAAAAAGAAAAAGAACAAGUGCCGGCCGAAACUUGGGAACGGUUGGAUUCGAUCGUUCUACAAUGGAUUUACGGUACAAUUUCUUCUGAUCUUCUCCACACUAUUCUAAAACCCAACACAACAGCUUAUGAUGCCUGGAUCGCUCUCGCAAAUCUGUUUCAAGACAACAAAGCUUCUCGCACAAUUGACUCAAACAACCGGUUUGCAAGUACUCGCCUUGAUCAAUUCUCAUCCAUGACCGCCUACUGUCAAGCUAUGAAAGUCAUCUACGAUCAGCUUACGAAUAUCGGUUCUCCGAUCACCGAUGAACAGCUUGUCCUAUAG